AUGCAAGUAGAAAAUUUAUUUACUUCUUCACUGCCGCUACGCUUGUGGUGUCGUAUUACAAUGCAAAUGCAAGGCAUGAAUCAAUAUGGAAAUCGAGGAUUUGGCGGACCCCCGCAACCACAAAGGCAAGGAGGUCGCCGUGGAUACAAUCGCGGUGGAUUUCGUAAUUCAAGAUUUGAUCAUAACAAUCAAAGGAAUCAGAAUAAUGGACAAGGAGGUCAACGACCCAAUAAUGAGCCAGUAAAGCAACCACCUGUUGUUGAGAAGCAGCAGCAGCCACCACAAAAGGAUAAGCCCAGUGAGGUAGCUCAACCGUCACCUGCACCAACGCCUACUCCACCUCAGCAACCACAGCAGCAGGUAAAUCGCAAUCAACAACAAAACCAACGGCAGCAGCAACAGCAGCCACAGCAGCAGCAACAAAACCAGCGGCAACAACAACCGCAGCCCCCACAGCAGCAGCAAAACCAGCGUCAGCAGCAAACUCAGCCCCCACAGCAGCAGCAAAAUCAGCGCCCGCAGCAGCCUCAACUGCAACAGCAGCAACAAAAGCCUCACAAUGUUCAACAGGUCAAGCCUGAAUCUCAAGACAAUGUUGAUAAGGCUAUCAUUAACAAUGAGCAAAAGAAUCAGGGCCCUAAUAUCAGUCAAAAUCCAUUCCAAAAGAAUGUCAAUGGUAACUUCGGUGGUAGUAACAAACAAGGUGGGACAUGGAGUCAAGGUGGCCAAGGCGCGCCAGGUGGAUCUCACAAGCAAAACCAGAAUCAAAAACCAUUUGGUUCAAAAUCUGGUGGGGGACCAGGGCCAGCACGGAAUCAGCAACGCAACAGUAUGCGUGGACCACCACAGGAUGGAAAACCGGUUCAGCGUGAGGAGCAAAUGUUGGCCAAUAAGUUAAAAGAUCUUGUGGGACCUUUGGUUGAUUUGCCUCCAAUUGACCAAACCGAAGUGAAGUUCAAUGGCAGAAGUAGAUUGUACAUUGGAAAUCUAACAAAUGACAUUACUGAAGAAGAAAUUAUAGGCCUGUUUAGUCAAUUUGGCGAAGCCGCCGAACUGUUUGUCAACAAAGAAAAGAACUUUGGAUUUAUAAAAAUGGACUACAGGGUGAACGCAGAAAAAGCUAAAAGGGAACUUGAUGGGCAAAUUAGGAAUGGUCGCACACUUCGAGUGAGAUUUGCUCCACAUAACAGUGCCGUUCGUGUAAAGAACCUCCCCCCAUUCGUGUCGAAUGAGCUUCUGUAUAGAGCUUUUGAAAUAUUCGGAAAGAUAGAACGCGCUUAUGUGAGAGUCGAUGAAAGGGGGAAAACAUUGGGGGAAGGUGUGGUGGAGUUUGCGCGCAAACCAAGCGCUCUAGCUGCGAUCCGCAACUGCACAGAAAAAUGCUUUUUCUUGACUUCAUCUCUCCGCCCUGUGAUUGUUGAAAACUUUGAGGAGCCUGAUGAGUUUGAUGGUUACCCAGAGAAGAAUUUACCUAAGAAACACCCAGAAUAUAUGCGGGCCCGUGAGGUCGGGCCCCGUUUCUCGGAGGCGGGCAGCUUUGAACAUGAGUAUGGUACAAGGUGGAAGCAGUUGCAUGAACUUCACCGCCAGAAGGAAGAAGCGCUUAAAAAGGAGUUGGCGGCAGAAGAAGAGAAACUUGAAGCUCAGAUGGAGUAUGCUAAGUACGAGCACGAGACGGAGCUACUGCGCGAGCAGCUGCGCCAGCGCGAGCAGGACCGCGAGCGGCAGAAGCGCAGCUGGGAGAUGGCGGAGCGCGCGGCGGACGAGCGGCGCGACGCCGAGCGCCAGCAGCUGCUGCGCCAGGAGGAGGAGCUCGCGCAGCGCAUGCGCCUGCAGGACGACGAGCUGCGCAGGCGCCAGCAGGAGAACACGCUCUUCGUGCAGGCCCAGCGACUGAAUUCUAUCUUGGAUCGUCAAGAGCAGGGCAUGUUUGAUCAGCAGCAGCCAAUGGAUGGAGGCUUCAGGGACCAGUACGACAUGCCACGUGGAGGUUAUGACGACAUGCCGCCGCAGAACCGCGGUUGGGAAGGACCGCGCCUUAUGGACGAUUACCCUAACAAGCGUCGUCGCUUU